AUUUCAAUGGUAGGAACCAGAAUGUGAGAAAGGAAACCAAGCAGAAGAUAAAUAAUUGAGUAAGCGAUCAAGUGAAACUUCCCUUUUCAGACUUUUUAGGCUUUUUUUUGACAGCAACCUCCAGUCCAGCCAGUGUCUGACCAGAUCUGCUCAUGUGAGAGUCAGUCAGCGAUACCUAACAUGUCUGAAGAGCUCUGCUAUUCCAAUUUGGUUUUCACCACAUCCGAAAAUUCCUUGGCUACAGUCAAAAAGAAUGAAGAAAUCCUAUAUGCCCAAGUUAAGAAAGCAGAACCAGCUCCAGAGACGUCACACCCUGUACCAGAUGAUUCCAGAACAACUGCUCAGGAAACUUCGCCCCCUGCACAGGCUCCAGAGAAACCUGAGCACAGACAUCAGCCCCACAAGUGGGCUGUAGUGUUUCUAAGCCUCACCUGUGCUUUAUUACUGGCUGGCAUCAUUGCUCUCUCUGUCUGCUAUGAUCUUUCCAAGAGUGAUGCAGGGCAGCUCAAAAAGGACAACAGCGCCCUUAUGAAAACCAGUAAUGCCCUUAUGGAAACCAAUAGUGCCCUUAUGGAAAACAAUACUGCCCUUAUGGAAACCAAUAGUGCCCUUAUGGAAAACAAUAGUGCCCUUAUGGAAACCAAUAGUGCCCUUAUGGAAAACAAUAGUGUCCUUAUGGAAACCAAUAAGCAGCUACAAGUGCUUAAAAGCAAUGUCACUGUUCAGAAUGAAUUCUUGGAGAGUGAGAACAAACAACUGCUAAAGAGCCAGACUUUGCUGGAUGAGAUUUUACAGUUCCGUAAUUUUCCUGUGGAAAACUAUUGCCCAAAUGAGACAACAUGCUCACGCUGCCCAACUGGAUGGAUAUUCAACAAUUCAAAGUGUUACUUCCUGUAUCUUGGUCAAACAUGGGACACAUGGAGAACGUGGAAUGACAGUCGUACUGAAUGCUUCAAAAUGGGGGCUGAUCUGCUAACAAUACAAGACGAGGAGGAACAGAUGUUCAUCAUGAAACUUGCAACUGCAUACAAUGACAUAUGGCACGGUUACUGGAUCGGAUUGACUAGACCAGCAAACAACUGGGUCUGGGUCAACGGCUCUGCAAUGACCACAGGGUUCUGGGCAGACGAAGGAAGCGACAACUACGUUUUAAUAAAUCCAGGCAAAGCAAUCCUGAACAGCUGGCGAACAAAUACACCUCUCAUGCUUAACCGGUGGAUCUGUGAGAACAAGGCCCUGCUAUUCUGAAGUCCAUUAGCAGUUCUGGCUCUCUGCUGAUCUGCUGGAUGGAGGCCUGCUGAGACGACCUAUCUUUUGUAGAUGUUAAAAAGCAGAUGAAAAACUAACAAAAGCUUGUAAAGGAGCUGCACCUGGGAUUUAUUAACCUUGCUAUCGUGUUCGGGUCGGCACUGACCCGUUUGUAAGUUUACAUCGCAUAAAAGCACCACAUAAA